GCUGGCCUUAAUUGAAGUGUGAGAAGAGGUUUUAAGGCAGGUAGACAACAUCCUGUUGUUAGGGUGCUCAUUUCUCUCUCUCUCUCUUUACAUACUGGCUGCCUUAGUAGUCAGGUGGCUGAUUGUGCCCAGCAAGCCACUGCAGCAGCAACAGCAGCAGCGUCUCCUUUUUACUAUCGUUCUUCUGGGCCCAUCGAAGAGUUUGCUAGGCAUGGAUGCAGUGACUGUGUACCACGGCAAAAUCAGCAGGGAGACCGGGGAGAAGCUCUUACUAGCUACAGGGCUGGAUGGAAGUUAUCUGCUGCGAGACAGCGAGAGUGUCCCUGGCGUGUACUGCCUGUGUGUUUUGUAUCAAGGUUACAUCUAUACAUACCGAGUGUCCCAGACAGAAACAGGUUCUUGGAGUGCUGAGACAGCACCCGGGGUACAUAAAAGAUUUUUCCGGAAAGUAAAAAAUCUCAUUUCAGCGUUUCAGAAACCAGAUCAAGGCAUUGUAACACCUCUGCAGUAUCCAGUUGAAAAGUCUUCGGCUAGGAGUUCACAAAGUACCACAGGGAGAAGAGAUUCUGAUAUCUGCCUGAAAGCGCCGUGAAGAAGAGUAACUCACUCUGUACUUUAUUUUCAAUAAUUUAAAAUAGAGAACCUUACAGAAGGCUGUGGAAGAGCAGUCUGAGAUCCGAAGUAUUAGGCAGGUUGCUAUGUAUAUGUGAAUUCCUCCAAGUAAACAAGAUUGGUGCAUCUGAUCUAUAGCCACAUGUUUCUCUACAAGCUAGAGUACACUCCAUUCUCUCCAAUUUUUCUUGAUAUGUGAUUCUGCUUUUCAUCGCAAUUGAACUAAAUUGCCCUUAACAUAAACAAAUCUGCAGAAAUGCAAAAGCUUUGCCUGGACUCUCUGGUAAAGUUACUAAGGGAACAGGUCUAGUGGGAAAGGAAGAGAAAAAGGAAAUGCAGAACUAAGUGAUGGAAACUAAACUUCUAAGGAAAGUUGGAAUGGAAUGGUUAUACCUCUCUAUGUAGGUAGUAUGUGAAUUCCAAAUUAUACAUUGUCAAGUGUUCAUAUAUUUGGCUAUGUUGUAUAUAUUAUUUCAUAUAUAUGCAGUCGUCUAUAUAUUAUAGAGCUCCUAGGUGGCUUGAGAAUAAAUGUCAUCCUUAUUUUAUACAUUACUUUGCUGGAUUAAAAAAUAAAACAUAUACUUAUUUCUA